AUGGAAUACAUCCUGCUUUACGAGGCCGACGUCACCGCCGAGCUUCUGGACUGGCUGCAGAGUCCGAAGGAUGCCACUACCCCCAUGGAGUGGCCUACUGUCCGGCGGAAAAGCAUCCCAUUCAAGCCGUAUGAUACAUUCGCUGGUCGAUUGGUGGCUGAGCUCGUGGCCCCCGAUCCUGUGAGUGGUGGGUGUCAUUGA